AUGCAGGACCUUUCAAUCAACGGUGGCGUCCCCACCGGCCCUGCCGGCAACCCAGGCCGAUUUGGCCAUGUGUCUAAGCCUUCAAACAGCGAUACCGGUUUUUCUCAUGGCGCUUUCACAUCUAAUAUCUCUGGAUUUGCCGACAGACAUCCCCGCCGCGGCAACAUCCCUUCGAUCAAUACCCAGAACCAACUGAACCCGCCUGUCCCCAACAACGUUCCCGAUAUGACUACACCUGGCACUGGUUUCGAUAUGCAGUUUACUCCACUUCUCCCGUCCCAGCUGCUCCUCGGUAGCCCAUUCCAGCCCGGAACCCCUGCUGCUUUUGCCAGUCCUCAGUUCCAGAACAUGUCCGCAUUUCAGCAUGGUCAACAGCAUAACGGUCAGCAGCAGCAUAACAUGGCGAGCCCCGUUCAGCAGAGCCUGUCUCCUCAAGCUUACCAGUCGAUGGUGUCCCCUUCCACAUACGGCGCUCCUCAGUUCUUUCAGCCGCAGUCUCCUAAUGGUUCUUUCAACAUGAAUGGCCAAAUGCAGCCUCAGUCGCCAACCCUAAGUCCCGGCAUUGUCACGGGUACCAGCAGGACUGUAUAUCUCGGCAAUAUUCCCCCAGAUACUUCUGCCGAGGAGAUUCUCGGUCAUGUGAGGAGCGGGCAGAUCGAAUCCGUUCGACUGCUUCCCGACAAGAACUGCGCGUUCAUUUCUUUCCUCGACGCCAAUGCUGCGACCCAUUUCCACUCCGAUGCCAUCUUGAAGAAGCUCUGCAUCAAGGGACAGGAUAUAAAGAUUGGCUGGGGUAAGCCGUCCCAGGUGCCCACCUCUGUCGCGUUGGCCGUCCAGCAAUCCGGCGCUUCUCGAAACGUCUACCUUGGAAACCUCCCAGAGGAUGUCCCCGAAGAAGAGCUGCGUGAAGACCUCGGCAAGUUUGGGGCUAUCGACACUAUCAAGAUUGUCCGGGAGAAGAACAUUGCUUUCAUCCACUUCUUGUCUAUUGCCAAUGCUAUGAAGGCUGUGCAACAGCUGCCCCAAGAACCCAAGUGGCAAUCGCCUCGCCGCGUUUACUACGGCAAAGAUCGAUGUGCCUAUGUUUCAAAGACGCAGCAGCAGAAUGCGGCUCAGUACCUUGGCAUCGCGCCUGGAUAUGCCCACAUGUUGACCGGCCAAGACCGCGAGGUUAUUUCUAGUGCUCUUGCUCAGCAGUCUGUGGCGGCCGCAGCAGUUGCGACUACGGCUGGUGGUAUAAACAAUCUUGGCAACCGAACAAUCUAUCUGGGUAACAUUCACCCGGAGACUACGAUUGAGGAGAUCUGCAACGUCGUGCGAGGUGGCUUGCUUCAUCAUAUUCGAUACAUUCCCGAUAAGCACAUUUGCUUCGUUACUUUCAUCGAUCCGACCGCGGCUGCUUCUUUCUAUGCUCUAAGCAAUCUUCAGGGUUUGAUGAUUCACAACCGUCGUCUGAAGAUCGGUUGGGGAAAGCACUCCGGUGCUCUUCCGCCAGCCAUUGCAUUGGCCGUCAGCGGCGGUGCCUCUCGCAAUGUCUAUAUUGGCAACUUGGACGAGACUUGGACUGAAGAAAGAUUGAGACAGGAUUUCUCUGAAUAUGGUGAGAUUGAGUUGGUCAACGCCCUGCGUGAGAAGAGCUGUGCUUUUGUCAACUUUACGAACAUUGCAAAUGCCAUCAAGGCUAUCGAGGCCGUUCGAAGCAAGGAAGAAUACAGGAAGUUUAAGGUGAACUUUGGAAAAGAUCGUUGCGGAAACCAGCCCCGACAGCUUCAGCAACAAUCCCAGUCCCCUCGCGGAGAGGGUGUGGCCUCGCCCCCGCCGGUUGGCAGCGGAAGCAGCAACUCUCCGACCAACCCGACUUCGCCCCAGUCUGCCAACAACGUCAGCAUGUUUGCUAAUGGCAACAAUCCGCUCACCCUGUACUUGAACCAAGUGUCACAGCAGGCCCAACAGCACCAGCAGCAACAACACCAGAUGCUAGCUUCCCAGCAGGCAGCCUUGUUCGGAACUGCUGCGUCCUCGCCCAACGAGCUAUCGUUGGAUAUUCCCCAGUCCGCCUCCGGCUCUGGUCACGGACAGUCGGCGAGCAUCUCGAACGGAUAUGCGAACAACGGCUCGGGCGCGCCGACAAUUGGUGGCCUCCUUGCUCCCGUUAAUGCUCGUGCACAGCACAACCGUGCUGUGAGCCUACCUGUUUUUGCCCCUGGGUUCGAGAACGGAGGGAACAGUCCUGUUAGCGCCAUCGGUGGCCCAAGCGAGGGGGAGCGCCGAGGGCACCAAUAUCAGGCAAGCUUCGGCGGCAUGGGCUCUGGCCUUGGCCUCGCUAUUCAGGGUGGCCUGAAUGGCUGGGUCGAAGAGGAGGUUGCCAACUGA